AGCUUUCCAGUGGCUCCCACUGCGCUUUGCACUAGAGACCGUCAGUCUGCCCGAAGCUGGAGGAUGGAGACAGAGCUGCCGCCCGAGCUCACGGCAAUGCCCCUCGGGGGGAACGGGAGCACCCACCUGGUGCCAGACACAGCCCCGCUGCCCUCGGGGCGGGGCACGGCCAUGUUCACCGUCCGCUGCGUGAUCCCUUCGCUUUACCUGCUCAUCAUCACUGUGGGCUUGCUGGGCAACAUCACCCUCAUGAAGAUCUUCAUCUCCAACAGUGCCAUGAGGAGUGUGCCCAACAUCUUCAUCUCCAGCCUCGCUGCCGGUGAUCUGCUGCUGCUAGUGACCUGUGUGCCUGUGGAUGCCUCCCGGUAUUUCUCCGAGGAGUGGCUUUUCGGGGAGGUGGGCUGCAAGCUCAUCCCUGCCAUCCAGCUCACGUCCGUUGGUGUUUCUGUCUUCACCCUCACUGCCCUCAGUGCCGACAGGUACAAAGCAAUUGUAAAUCCCAUGGACAUCCAGACCUCCAGUGCAGUGUUAUGGACCUGUCUUAAAGCCAUUGCCAUCUGGGUAAUCUCCAUGCUCCUAGCAGUUCCUGAAGCAGUGUUCUCUGAACUGGCCCACAUCAAUGACACGGAUAAUGCCACUUUCACAGCAUGCAUACCAUACCCCAUGACGGACGACAUGCACCCGAAGAUCCAUUCUGUGCUGAUUUUCCUUGUGUAUUUCCUUAUCCCUCUUGCCAUCAUUAGUAUCUACUACUAUCAUAUUGCAAAGAGCUUAAUAAAAAGUGCUCACAACAUCCCUGGAGAAUACAGUGAGCAUUGCAAAAGGCAGAUGGAAACUCGGAAACGUCUGGCAAAAAUUGUUCUAGUUUUUGUUGGCUUCUUUGCUAUCUGCUGGUUUCCUAACCACGUGCUAUACAUGUACCGAUCUUUUAAUUACAAUGAGAUUGAUCCAUCGACAGGACAUAUGGUUGUUACCUUAGUGGCCCGAGUGCUAAGCUUCUGCAACUCUUGUGUCAACCCAUUUGCACUGUAUUUUCUCAGUGAGAGUUUUAGAAGGCAUUUCAACAACCAGCUUCGCUGCAGGAGGAAAGCUCAGCAAGAGAGAUCUGCCAGCUACUUGCGCAACUCUUCUGCCAUUCAAAUGACUUCCCUGAAAAGCAAUACCAGGAACGCAGUGACUAGCAUGACACAACUGAAUGGGCACAACUUGAAACAAGAUGUGUCAUUAUGAUUUAAUAGGUGUAGGUUUUGACCAUGGAACAAAUUUGAACUUUUUCUUCGCAGUUUGUAACUCACUUUUGGCUCUCAUAUGUUUAGACCGUCCGAGUCCCCAGAACAGAGGAUCUGUUAAAGUCUGGCCGAGGUUAUUUCACACCUAGUCUUUCUUUUAGAUAGAAGUGGAGAGUAUGUUUUAUUGAGAAAACAAAACUGACUGGCUUCAUAUUGUACUUUAAAGUAGCUGCUAAUACAUGUUUAACAUAUAAGAAAGCAAAACAAUAGUGUGAAUAUUAGUAUAGCUGAUCUAAUAUUGCUUUAAAAAGUAUAGAUUUUCUGAUCUGAAAAAUAUGUAUUUUUAACUGAAUAUUGAUCCAGGCUUAUGUCUUACUCUAAUAGAUUUUGCAUGGUUUUAGCUGUGCUGUUGUACAAGCAUUGUUUAUUAAGACUGGUGGGCAUUUUUUGACCAAUUAAGGAGCAAUUGCAAUGCAUAGAUUCUAGUUUCAGAUAAAAAAAUAUUCAAGUAUCGAGUGCCAGAUCUUUACCUCAUUUAAAUCCGCCUUGGUUUUUCACUUUGGCAGACAUACAUGAUGAGAAUUUACUUUUUGGGGCUUCUGUCUGCUGUUGAGGUCAGAAGUUUAUCUGCUACAAUUACAUUCUUUUUGUGAUUAACCUCUCAAAAGAAAAAUAUGUGCAAUGUGCAGGUUUUCUAGAACUCAGUGUCUGAAAGCGCAUUUCUCUGAUUUGUUAAGUCUGUAACUUCAUUGGUUUAGAGUAUCUACAUGCUUUAUAUUUGCUACUACUAACUGAUCCUGCUGAUACCAGUACACAGCUAAGGACACUAAGUGUAAUGGGAUGGCUGAAC